UUAAUUGCAAAAAAAAAAUUUUUUUUUGUUCUUACUUUCUUACCAAAUUAUUUUUUAAUCAUGACUGAAAUUAAUCUUGCAAAAGAAUAUGCAGAUACUGUAAUUAAAGCUAUUGAUAAUAAAUCAGAAGAAUUAAGGACCAUCAGUUUACAGAUUCAUGAAAAACCGGAAUUAUCUUAUGAAGAAACAUUUGCUCAUAAUUUGUUGGUGAUUUAUCUCAAAGAUCAAGGAUUUAAGGUAACACCUAGUGCAUAUAACGUUGAAACAGCAUUUGUAGCAGAAUUUUCCUCUAAAGGCGGCGAAGGGAGAAUUGUUUCAUUUAAUUCUGAGUAUGAUGCUCUUCCAGGAAUUGGUCAUGCUUGUGGUCACAAUUUGAUUGCAAUUAGUGGGGUUGCAGCUGCAAUUGCAUUAAAAGCCGUAUUUGAAAAACAUGAAAUUCCUGGAAAAGUAAAAUUAUUUGGUACUCCUGCUGAAGAAAUUGGAGAUGGCAAAAUUGAUUUGAUUAAAGCAGGUGCUUAUGAUGAUGUAGAUAUUUCUUUAAUGGUCCAUCCUAGUCCUUAUGAAGGAAGUUUCUAUAACUAUUAUGCUUUAGAGAGUUGGAAUAUUGAAUAUUUUGGAAGAAACGCGCAUGCUGCUGGUAUACCAUGGGAAGGAAUUAAUGCAUUGGAUGCUAUGGUUUUGGCUUAUAAUAAUAUUGGAUUAUUAAGACAACAAAUCUUACCUACUGAUAGAAUUCACGGGGUCAUAACUAAUGGAGGAAAGGCACCAAAUGUUAUUCCUGAUUAUACAUCUGCGGGAUUCAUGAUUCGUGCAAAAACUCUUGAAAAUCUACGUGCUCUGAAACCACGCGUUCAAAAAUGUUUUGAGGCAGCUGCUACGGCAACAGGAUGUACAGAGGCAAAUGGAACCAAAGACCCUAAAAUUACUCGGAAAAGAGAACUUUUUGAUGUGAAAAUAAAUUCUCCUUUGGGUGAAAGAUAUGAAGAAUAUCUUAGGAAGUUUGGUAUAGAAUUUAAGCCAAAAGUAGAGCAAGAAAAAGUAUCCCUAGGAUCAACUGAUCAGGGAAAUGUGACUUAUGUAGUUCCUGGUAUCCAUCCAUUAUACGAUAUAAAAGCACCUCAGGGAAGUGGAAAUCAUACGAUAGGGUUCACUAAUGCAGCUAAAACUGAAUUUGCACAUGAAGCUACAUUAACUGCUUCAAAAGGAAUUGCAUUAACAGCUUUAGAUUUUUUGAUUGAUGAUGAAUUCGCUAAACAAGUUAAAGAUGCUUUUAAUACUUCUAAUGGUGGACUUCAUUGGAAAGAUUCAAUGUAAUAUUU